AUGCCCCCAACUGCAUUGUACAAGAGCGCCUCCACCUGCGCCCUGCCUGUGCCCUGCCUACGCCCUGCCUGCACCCUGCCUGUGCCCUACCUGAGCCCUGCCUGUGCCCUACCUGUGCCCUGCCUGUGCCCUCCCUGUGCCCUGCCUGCGCCCUGCCUCUGUGCCAUGCCUGUGCCCUACCUGUGCCCUGCCUGCGUCCUACUUGUGCCCUACCUGUGCCCUGCCUGCUCCCUGCCUGUGCCCUGCCUGCACCCUGCCUGUGUUAGCUGUGCCCUGCCUGUGCCCUCCCUGUGCCCUGCCUGUGCCCUACCUGUGCCCUGCCUGCGUCCUACUUGUGCCCUACCUGUGCUCUGCCUGCUCCCUGCCUGUGCCCUGCCUGCGCCCUACUUGUGCCCUGCCUGCGCCCUGCCUGCGCCCUACUUGUGUCCUGCCUGCGCCCUACUUGUGCCCUGCCUGCGCCCUGCCUGUGCCCUCCCUGUGCCCUACCUGCGCCCUGCCUGUGCCCUGCCUGUGCCCUGCCUGUGCCCUCCCUGCAUCCUGCCUGUGCCUUACCUGAGCCCUGCCUGUGCCCUACCUGUGCCCUGCCUGCAUCCUACUUGUGCCCUACCUGCGCCCUGCCUGUGCCCUCCCUGUGCCCUGCCUGCAUCCUACCUGUGCCCUGCCUGCGCCCUCCCUGUGCCCUACCUGUGCCCUGCCUGCGCUCUGCCUGUGUUAGCUGUGUAG